AUGCUUCAAGCGCAGCAUCGGUGCAAAGAACGAGGAGGUGCUCCGAUCCCGGAAGGUCAAAGUAAAGGCCGCAAACGAUCGUCAUGUCUGUCAUGCGUCAAAUUGAGGACCAGAUGUGACCAGGAAACCCCUUGUACCCGCUGUCAAGAGUUGGGUAAGGAAUGCGUUCGAGUCUCGAGUCCCCAGAAGGGGGCAGACUCCAUCAGACCAAAGAGUCGGGAUGCCAUACCGAUCCAACACCUACUCAACAAUCCUGGUGGCGACGACUUCAUCGCUCACUUUCCUAUACGGGACGCCCUCGACACGCCGGUCGGCGAAGACGACAACUUCAACACGUUCGAAGCCGAGGAUUCCUCUGACACGGAACACUUGAGUGAAGAGUACGAACGAAAUGAUGUAUUCAUCGGGGCAGAUAUGCCUGCCUUUGAAGCUGCCAUCAACUUCGAGAAUUUCGACUCAUAUUGGAGCAUUUUCCCUAACAUGGUAUAUCCUCCAUAUCCACAACCGGAACAGUCCCCUCCAGCAAGUGCGGGAGGUCUCAGCGGCGUUACUUCGCAUACUGCCAUGACGCUCGAGCCUGUGGCUUAUCAAGUUCGAGAAUUGCUUAUAGCCACGGCACACAAGCUCGCGACAGAGACCGCGCAGAACCUGCCAUUACUCAUCCAGGACAUUAACCUUCUUACAAAUAUUGAGCUGGACAACAGCCUGAAUCUGUACUUUGCAAACUAUCAUCGACACUGUCCAAUCCUCCAUCGACAGUCUUUCCAUCCAACCACGGUCCCAACACCUUUGUUACUGGCAACCGUGGCGCUUGGAGCAAUGUAUUCUCGGCCAUCCACAGUGCAAUGGAUGAAAAGACUCCUGGAUGUUAUGGAAGCGUAUACCUUCUCAUUCCCAGGCUUACGAGAUGAGUACGGCGCUUUCUCGCUUUCUGAUGCAGCAGAUGAAGAGACUCUCGAAUAUCAAUUUCAGCUUUUUCAGGGCGCCUAUCUCAUGGUCGUCGCUCAAUUUUUCUCGGGCACUUUGGCUGCCAGGAGGAGAGCUCGGAGGCAAAGGUUCACCACUGUCCUUGGUGUGGCCAGAUCGUUCAAGUUACCAAAAUCCCAGCAUAGUAGCAUUGUCUCAAUACCCGACGAACUCUCUUUCCAGCAUUGGAUUCGGAAGGAGGUACGAAUUCGGACGAUGAAUAUCAUGUUGGCCCUUGACUCAGCUAUGGGUUUCUUCUACAAUGUCGCUCCCCGCAUCAACUACUCGGAACUUGACCUCCAGCUCCCAUGUCAUCCCGAGUAUUUCGAGCUUUCUAGUUAUGCGGAGAUGUUGACGAAAUCUUUAUUUCCUCGGACACGAAUCAAGAUAAUCGAUGCAUUUCAGCCACUGUUCUAUUCACCACAGAGUCUGGCAGCGGCAUUCCAGAACGAGACUUUAUGUUAUUGGGAUAUGUUGUUGUUGGUUCACGUUCUUUACACCCACUGCUGGCAGCACUUGUUCGGAAAUCCGCUCAAUCGCCUUUCCCCAACCACGCUUGCGCCUGGACCAGCAGAAAUACUCGAACCCAUCAAAAAUUGCAUCGACAAUUGGAAGACUCUUUGGGAUGAAGUGCGAGCCAGGCCCCCGUCCAAUGUUGCCGAAAGCGGCUUCGAAACGACGGCAGACAGUUACUGGACGCUUAUCAAGCUGAUUGUACAGAAGUUUGAGAUCGAGUCUGCACCUCAGACAGCAGGUGGGAAUGAAGCCGAAUUGAGAGCAAUCGAUAGCUUCCUAAACGGCAUGUCCAAUGGUGGUGACGGCGCCGCACCAACCUGCGAUGGUGUUCCCCAAGUCUCGAUAUUCCGAGGUUUGGAUUUUAUGCCCAUCGAAGCCGACUGUGAUGUCCAGGGUGCUCACCUGAGAAAGAUUUUGUUUGGAAGAUAA